AUGCUUGAGCAUAGAUUCGGUGAAAGCCAGACUCUGCGUACGGUGGGCAGCGUUGAGAUCCCUCUCCCCGAUGAUGACCCGGAUGCCUUUUUGAUUAUACUGAACAUUAUUCAUGGCCAUUUGCGUCAAGUUCCGCUUCAAGUGGACCUUCAGACGCUGACCCAGCUUGCAAUACUAGUUGACAAGUAUGAGCUACACGAGCGUAUCGAAGUGUUUGCGGGCUUCUGGUUCGGUAAUCUGAUAUCCACUAUCCCUAACUGCUAUACGGAUGAUAUUCCAUCUUGGACGUGUGUCUGCUGGGUCUUUAACAAGCCAGAAGAGUUCAAAAGGGUUACCAGGCUGAUCCUGAGACAUGGACGGGGUACCUUGACCUUCAAUGAGUUACCAGUCCCGUCCUUCGUUGCUGGUGAGCAGCUACCCCUGAUGCAUAACCGACCUAGCCGACGAGAGGAGGCUAUAAGGCGGAUAAUAUCUUCUCUCAUUGGUCAUCUAGAUGACUACCUGGAGAACGAACAUUGUAGCUUCGAGUGUGAUGCUCUGAUGGUUGGUGCCUUGACAAAACGUCUACGAGCAUUCAAUAUCCUGCCACACCGUCCGAAGUCGCCGUAUACAGGCCUCAGUCUCCAGGACUUUACUCAUCGUUUUCGACAUGGCAUGUAUUUUCCAGCUGCCCAGAGGACGAGCACCUUUUUCUACAGCCACUCGAAGUGUGCUAUCCCUUCUAUUGAUCGCAUGCUGGCGGAAUGCGAACAGCUAUCGGAUGGACUCGAUAUGGCUGACUAUAAGACUGCCCUGACAUUGGCUCUGUGA